CACCCGGCGCCGCCGUGGAUGUUGCCGCGCGCCGCUCAGCCCUCGCGCUGCUUGGAGCGCACGGUCCGACGCCGCCACGCCGGGGGCACGCCAGGAGCGCUCCGAGCCCCCAGAAUCCCAGCGCCCACGACUGCGACAAUGCUUGUGACCUCCACCGCGAAGUCACCGCCGCACGGCGACGCGAAGACCUCAGUGAGCCCCGGCGCCGGGCACCCGCCCGUAUCCAGCCUGAUGUGACUCUCCUCAGCUGCUGGCUCGCUCUUUUUUUUGCCUUACUAGGACCUGAAGCAGCGAAGGAGGCCACAAAGUUGAGGCGCUCGCCCUAGUGGGCAAGUUUGGGCGACCCGAGCGGUUGGAGUGGUCGGCCGCCGCCAGGCUCGCCCCACACCGGGAGCGCCUGCCCACAGCACUCACCCCCUCCAGCGGCGGAAAUGUGGAGAAAUCAGGGAUAAACGGUGUCAGGGGCUGAUUAGCCCCAACACGCUCGGCGCUGCUGCCGCGAAAUGGGAAGCAAAGUGUUUGGGGGACUAAGUUCGGCCUUAGAAAUGCCCGGAAAGAGGCUGCCAAGGCCGAGGCUCAGCGCGGACGCGGCGGAGUCGGAGGUGUCCACUGUGCUAGCCGCUGCCGUUGCCACCUGGGCGAGGGGCUGAGGGCGCAGCGCGCACGUAGCUCGCUCGCUCGGACCACUGGCGGCCCCGCCGAGCCACUUCGUUUCCUUAGCUCUCGCCACACCGGCGGAAGGAGUGCCCGCGCGGUCCCCGCGCCCCUUCACAACUGCUGCGCCUCCUGCUUUUGGCUCUGCAAGUGCCCACUUCAGUCCGGAGAGGCGCUCGGGCCGCCGAACUGCCCGCCGCACCUGGUCGUCCCUCCCCCCACUUCCCCCCCGUGAGGCGCCCUCCCCCGCCCCCUCGCUCCCCUCCUCCAAACCACAGCCCGGGCUCGCUCCUGCGCGCGCGCUCUCCCGGGCCCAAGUGAAUAGUCCUCGCGCGAGCGGGACACGGUGGUGGAUGCAAUUCCGCUCCCUUACUGCCGCCAGGAGCUCCCUGGCGCCGCAGGCAGCGUCCUCCUCCGAAGCAGCUGCGUCUGCACCUGGGCAGCCUGGACCUUCGUGCCCUGCCCCCGGGGCCUCGCGCGGGGGGCGCCCCGGGACACCUCCUGAGGGCCGGGUGGAGGAGGAAGAGGAGGAGGAAGAAGACGUGGACCGGGACCCCUACCCUACGCAGGACACCUGGUCCCGCUGCUGUCACUUCUCUUUAAGUGGGAGAAGAGAGCCGGGGAGAGCCAUGGGGGGCUGCGAAGUCCGGGAAUUUCUUUUGCAAUUUGGUUUCUUCUUGCCUUUGCUGACAGCUUGGCCAGGCGACUGCAGUCACGUCUCCAACAACCAAGUUGUGUUGCUUGAUACAACAACUGUGCUGGGAGAGCUAGGAUGGAAAACAUAUCCAUUAAAUGGGUGGGAUGCCAUCACUGAAAUGGAUGAACACAAUAGGCCCAUUCACACGUACCAGGUAUGCAAUGUAAUGGAACCAAACCAAAACAACUGGCUUCGUACAAACUGGAUCUCCCGCGACGCAGCUCAGAAAAUUUAUGUGGAAAUGAAAUUUACAUUAAGGGAUUGUAACAGCAUCCCAUGGGUUUUGGGGACUUGCAAAGAAACAUUUAAUCUGUAUUAUGUGGAAUCAGAUGAGUCCCAUGGAAUUAAAUUCAAGCCAAGCCAGUAUACAAAGAUUGACACAAUUGCUGCUGAUGAAAGUUUUACCCAGAUGGAUUUGGGUGAUCGUAUCCUGAAGCUAAACACGGAAAUUCGUGAGGUGGGUCCUAUAGAAAGGAAAGGAUUUUAUUUGGCUUUUCAAGAUAUUGGGGCAUGCAUUGCCUUGGUCUCUGUCCGUGUUUUCUACAAAAAAUGCCCCUUCACUGUUCGUAACUUGGCUAUGUUUCCUGACACCAUCCCAAGGGUUGAUUCUUCUUCUUUGGUUGAAGUAAGGGGCUCUUGUGUGAAGAGUGCAGAAGAGCGUGACACUCCUAAACUAUAUUGUGGAGCUGAUGGAGAUUGGCUGGUUCCUCUUGGAAGGUGUAUCUGCAGUACAGGAUAUGAAGAAAUUGAAGGUUCUUGUCACGCUUGCAGACCAGGAUUCUAUAAAGCAUUUGCUGGGAACACAAAAUGUUCUAAGUGCCCUCCACACAGUUUAACUUACAUGGAAGCAACUUCUGUCUGUCAGUGUGAAAAAGGUUACUUCCGAGCUGAAAAAGACCCACCUUCCAUGGCAUGUACCAGGCCACCUUCAGCUCCUAGGAAUGUGGCUUUUAACAUCAAUGAAACAGCCCUUAUUUUGGAAUGGAGCCCACCAAGUGACACAGGAGGGAGAAAAGAUCUCACAUACAGUGUAAUCUGUAAGAAAUGUGGCUUAGAUACCAGCCAGUGUGAGGACUGUGGUGGAGGACUCCGCUUCAUCCCAAGACAUUCUGGCCUCAUCAACAAUUCCGUGAUAGUACUUGACUUUGUGUCUCACGUGAAUUACACCUUUGAAAUAGAAGCCAUGAAUGGAGUUUCUGAGUUGAGUUUUUCUCCCAAGCCAUUCACAGCUAUUACAGUGACCACGGAUCAAGAUGCACCUUCCCUGAUAGGUGUGGUAAGGAAGGACUGGGCAUCCCAAAAUAGCAUUGCCCUAUCAUGGCAAGCACCUGCUUUUUCCAAUGGAGCCAUUCUGGACUACGAGAUCAAGUACUAUGAGAAAGUCUACCCACGGAUAGCGCCGGCAUUUUGGCACUACCUGCGGGUAGAAGAGCAUGAGCAGCUCACCUAUUCCUCCACGAGGUCCAAGGCGCCCAGUGUCAUCAUCACAGGCCUCAAGCCAGCCACCAAGUACAUAUUUCAUAUCCGAGUGAGGACUGCAACAGGAUACAGUGGCUAUAGCCAGAAGUUUGAAUUUGAAACAGGAGAUGAGACUUCUGACAUGGCGGCUGAACAGGGACAGAUUCUCGUGAUAGCCACCGCAGCUGUUGGGGGAUUUACUCUCCUCGUCAUUCUUACUUUGUUCUUCUUAAUCACUGGGAGGUGCCAAUGGUACAUCAAAGCUAAAAUGAAGUCCGAAGAGAAGAGGAGAAACCACUUACAGCAGAAUGGGCAUCUACGCUUCCCAGGAAUUAAAACUUACAUAGAUCCAGAUACAUAUGAAGACCCAUCCCUAGCAGUUCAUGAAUUUGCAAAGGAGAUUGAUCCCUCAAGAAUUCGCAUUGAGAGAGUCAUUGGGGCAGGAGAAUUUGGAGAAGUCUGUAGUGGGCGAUUGAAGACACCAGGGAAAAGAGAGAUCCCCGUUGCCAUCAAAACUUUGAAAGGUGGCCACAUGGAUCGACAAAGAAGAGAUUUUCUAAGAGAAGCUAGUAUCAUGGGUCAGUUUGACCACCCAAAUAUCAUUCGACUGGAAGGUGUUGUCACAAAAAGAUCCUUCCCGGCCAUUGGGGUGGAGGCGUUUUGCCCCAGCUUCCUGAGGGCAGGGUUUUUAAAUAGCAUCCAGGCCCCGCAUCCAGUGCCAGGGGGAGGAUCUCUGCCCCCCAGGAUUCCUGCUGGCAGACCAGUAAUGAUUGUGGUGGAAUAUAUGGAGAAUGGAUCCCUAGACUCCUUUUUGCGGAAACAUGAUGGCCAUUUCACAGUCAUCCAGUUGGUCGGUAUGCUCCGAGGCAUUGCAUCAGGAAUGAAGUAUCUUUCUGAUAUGGGCUAUGUUCAUCGUGAUCUAGCAGCUAGGAAUAUAUUGGUCAACAGCAACUUAGUAUGCAAAGUUUCCGAUUUUGGUCUCUCCCGGGUACUGGAAGAUGAUCCAGAGGCUGCUUAUACAACAACUGGUGGGAAAAUUCCGAUAAGGUGGACAGCCCCAGAAGCUAUUGCCUAUAGAAAGUUCUCCUCGGCAAGUGACGCAUGGAGCUAUGGCAUUGUCAUGUGGGAGGUCAUGUCCUACGGAGAGAGACCUUAUUGGGAAAUGUCUAAUCAAGAUGUCAUUCUGUCCAUUGAAGAAGGCUAUAGACUUCCGGCUCCCAUGGGCUGUCCAGCAUCUCUACACCAGCUGAUGCUCCAUUGCUGGCAGAAGGAGAGAAACCACAGACCAAAAUUUACUGACAUUGUCAGCUUCCUUGACAAACUGAUCCGCAAUCCCAGUGCCCUUCACACCCUGGUGGAGGACAUCCUUGUGGUAAAUGGACCCCACAGCCAGUGCCCAUCAACAGAGCUCUCUAACUGUUCUAUGGCUGUAGAAGCAGGCAGAGUGCCAGAGUCUCCUGGUGACGUUCCUGAAUAUCCUUUGUUUGUCACAGUUGGUGACUGGCUGGAUUCUAUAAAGAUGGGACAAUAUAAGAAUAACUUCAUGGCAGCAGGGUUUACGACUUUUGACCUAAUUUCAAGAAUGAGCAUUGAUGAUAUUAGAAGAAUUGGAGUCAUACUCAUUGGACACCAGAGACGAAUAGUCAGCAGUAUCCAAACUUUACGUUUACACAUGAUGCACAUACAAGAGAAAGGAUUUCAUGUAUGAAAGUACUACAAGCACUUGUGUUUUGUGCCUCAGCAUUUCUAAAGUGAAAGAUAUCCUCUCUACUACCCUCUCUUCCGAUUCUCCAAACAUCACUUCACAAACUGCAGUCUCCUGUUCAGACAAUGGGCACACACCUUUUGUUUAUGCUUCCAACCCGGAUUUUAAAAUCACGCCUCAUAGCUCCUCUCUGAGUUACCUGCAAAUGAAACCCUGGCCCACUGCAGAUUACCGCUACACAAUGGUAAAUAACUCAGCAUGGAUGUGCAACUUUGUACAACAGUAUUUGGGAAGUGUUCACAAACUUAACCUAAAGGAAUUUUCCCAGGUGUGGCUUCCUUAAUGAUGGAUGUAUUUAGAGUUUGAUGAUAUAUGAAAAAGAAAUAGUUGACCUUUCUUUCAUGUUUUGUGAUCAGGUAGCUUCCAAACUGACAUAAAUAUGUUUUAGAUAAUUAUAUUCAACUCUGUGGAUCAUAUUGUUACUUUAUUUUAUAAUAGUUUAACUGUUAAUGCCUGAUGUUGUUAGACUUAUUUGCAGCAAUGACCAAUGAUUUCAUUUGGUGAAUUAUUGCCAUAUGUGACUGCGCUAAGAAGGGGGUUAUCAGGGAGGAAGAGGGAGAAACACUCUGUGCUUUUCAAUCUUCUAAGGCUGAGUUUGUCUAUUCUUUUAAAUUGGCCUUGUAGUGUCCCACAUAUUUCAUAAUAAGUGGUAGUUUAGAGGCUUUUCCCCUUUAAUUUUUACUAACUACAUUUCUCUCCUACAUUAUGAAGCUCACCCCAGAAAGAUCAAGAGUGAGUCCAGUGUUCUAAAGGCUUUCAUAGAGGAAGCAUGAAAUAAAACCAUGUCUGUUCCCUUGGUUCACCUUCAUAAGUUUGCAAAAGCAAUUUUCAAAGCAUUGAUAAAAUUAAUUAUUUUCAGGGGAAUUGCUUUGAAAAACAGAUCUAAGAUUGUAGCCUUAGAUAUAAUGUAAAGAAGAUUAAUUUAAACAGAAUUUUAUGAUAGCUGUAUGAGGGCCCCAAGAAUAAAUACAUUUGGCUGACAGUCUGAUAUUGGUGCAUUUUGCAAGUUUAAGAACUUUUAUAUUUUGUUCAUGAAAAAUAAGUUAGUUACAUGAACAUGCUGAGCUGUUUUCCGAACCUCUCAAGAGACAAGUAUGUCACUGCAUGUUCCAAAGGUAUGAACAGACCUAAAACAUGAGCAUAUAUAAAUUGUGUGUCAACCUGAGUCCAUAACAUAGUAACAUAAAAAUGUGAACACAGCUACAGUGUAUUGUCAUAAUCUUCUCAGAGGCUGCAAAAAAAGGCAAAUACAUUUUUCAGUGAAUUAAGCUGAGUCAAUUUAUCAAAAUAGUACUGCUUGAUGAAUAAAUUCAAUUGUAAAAUCAGCUGUUGCCUGAGAAACUAAAAAAAAAAAAAAAAGGCUACUGUGCUAGGUGUGGAAGAGUAGGGAGAAUGUGUUAAGACAGAGGAAAAGGGGCAGGUUAUCUAAAGAUGCUGAUUUAAUAAGUCGGUUUUUCUUUGAUUUAAGAGAUAAAGGUGCCCAAACCACAUUCUCCAAUUCCUACCUAAAUUACAUUUUUUGCUAAUAGCAGCUGUCUUGCUAUUAAAGGAGACUCACUCUUUCUUUUAUUCUUCUUUUAAGAUUUGUUGACUGUCCCAUUAGACUAGACCCUUCCACAUACAUUUCUUUUGCUGAUUUAUCUCCCAAUUUUUGCCUACUGCAGCUUAAUUUUUUCUCAUUUCAAAUAAAAAUUGUAUAGAACUAGAAGGAAGAGUCUUUAAAGUAUUCCUUAAAGUAUAUUAAAAAAAAGAAAAAAAGUGAGAAAUUCAUCACUUUUUAAGUAAGUGUGUCAGAAAUAGCAACAUUUUCUACCCAUCACUUGCAUGGUCAUGCAUCACUCAUACACUAUCUGCAGUUUGCUUGAUACAUUUACACAAAUCUGGAUACAUUUAGAGGAAAUAUAAAAUUUCCAUAUUUACUGUCUUCAAAUAUAUAUUAAAUAAGAACAGAUGUAAAACAGAUUAAAUUUAUUAAUCAUAUAUAUUUAUUUUUAUAAUACAACAAAAAAGGUAUUUAGAAACAUAAGGAAUAGAAUAAUUAUGGUCUUCCAUAGGACUCUGUCAGCAACAUCUGUAUACUUUGAUGAAAUAAAUUCUAUAAAGUAUUUAAACUUCUUUGAGAUGGGCAUUCAGUACUUGAAAGAUUAAAGUUCACUGUUAAGAAUUUUUUUCUUAA